UCCUUUCGACAUCGCAGCUGGUAGUUGGACGCACUCAGGGAAGUCAUGUUAUCUAUCUCGUGCGUUUGCUUUGAAAGGGGAAAUAAUUUCGAGAGUGACAUCCAGGGGAUCCACUCCGCUCCUCCUCUUUUAAAUAUCUACCGUCGACUUCUGUAAAUCCGUUUCAACUAUACGGUGUCAUUAUCAGAGGACAAUUAAAAAUGGAGGAUUCAACCAGCAGAUCAACUAAGAAAAAAGUUGUAGCAGUGGUGGGCGGUGGUCUGGUUGGGGCACUGAAUGCCUGCUUUCUAGCCAAAAGAGGGUUUGAUGUGGAAGUGUUUGAAACUAGGGAAGAUAUCCGAAAAGCCCAAAUUGUGAGGGGAAGGAGCAUUAACCUGGCAUUAUCUCACAGAGGCCGACAGGCACUGAGACACGUCGGCAUGGAGGAGAAGAUUGUCUCUCAGGGAAUCCCUAUGCAUGCCAGGAUGAUCCAUUCACUGAGUGGGAAACAGUCCCCAAUCCCUUAUGGCAAGAAAGGCCAGUACAUCUUGUCCGUAGACCGCGCCAAUCUGAACAAACAGCUGCUAUCAGAGGCAGACACAUAUCCAAAUACUAAGCUGAACUUUGACCACAAGCUGCAUGACUGGAGUGCAGAAACAGGGAUGAUGACCUUUGUCAGGCCAGACGGUUCUAAGGUGCAGCUGAAGGCGGAUCUGAUCGUCGGCUGUGACGGCGCCUUCUCCGCCACCCGAAAGCAAUUCCUUCGCCGCAGUCGCUUCAACUACAGCCAGACGUACAUCCCUCACGGCUACAUGGAGCUCACCAUGCCGCCCGUCAACGGAGAGUUUGCCAUGAAGCCUAAUUAUCUGCACAUCUGGCCGCGGAACACGUUCAUGAUGAUUGCCCUGCCCAACCUGGACAAGACAUUCACAUGUACCCUCUUCAUGCCCUUUGAGGAUUUCGAGAAGAUCGCCACGGGAGAUGAGGUCAUUGAGUUUUUCCAGAAAUACUUCCCCGACGCCAUCCCUCUCAUAGGAGAGGAGGCUCUCAGGAGGGAUUAUUUCCGACUGCCUGCACAGGCCAUGGUGUCUGUCAAGUGCUCCCCAUACCACAUCCAUGACAAAUGUGUCCUCAUGGGCGACGCGGCUCAUGCUGUGGUGCCUUUCUAUGGGCAGGGGAUGAACGCCGGCUUCGAGGACUGCAUUGUCUUUGACGAGGUCUUGGAUCGGUUCAGUGAGGAUCUCGGUGCUGUGCUACCUGAGUACAGCAGGGUGCGGGUUCCAGACGACCACGCCAUCGCAGACCUGGCCAUGUACAACUACAUUGAAAUGCGAGCCCACGUCAACUCCAAAUGGUUCCUCUUCAGAAAGCAUGUUGAUAACGUGCUUCACUUCCUCAUGCCAAAGACAAUAAUCCCACUGUACACUAUGGUCACCUUCACUAGGACUCGCUACCAUGAAGCUGUGCAGCGCUGGCACUGGCAGAACAAAGUGGUAAAUCGUGGCCUGCUGCUGAGUGCGACUGGGGCGGCUGUGGGGGGGUCCUACCUGCUCCUCAAAAACCCCCCCGACGUCAACAAGCUCCUUCUGUCCGUCGAGAAAAUCUGGACCAGGCUCGUAACGAAAUGACCGAUCUGACAAAGAGUGGAGAGGGAAACGAAUGACAUCAUGUGAUUAUAUGUGAUAAACCUGAACAAAGGUGAGAGGCGGUGGAGGAUUGUGUUGCUUUUAAAAUAAUAAAUCUUCCUUUGUCUCCUAAACAUCCUCUAGUUUAUGCUUAAUGAGCCCCAUCAGCCAAUGACAGGGCGACAAGGAGGGUGAUGGAUGGAUAAAUGGAUAGAUUAUAUAUUAUAUGUCUUAUUCUAUAAAUUAUUAUUUAAUUAUAUGACUUUUUGUGAUUUUACUGGAUUUAUAAGUUUUUAAGAAGUUUAUUUUAUUUGAGCCUGUUUCUGUUUGGAACCACAUAUACAGUAGGUUACAUGGUAGGUGGUAGCUGUUGCAUCAUGUUCUUCAUAUAAAAGUCAUAUUUAUUAUUUAUUCGCCCUAGGAAGCUUGACAUGUCAUGAAAAACAUUACAACAAAUACCAUAUCACCAUGGAAAAUUCUGUAUUCUCCCUGAACUGUAAUAAUAAUGAUUGUCUUUCCUCUGUCUUAUACCUUUCUCUCCAGAACUGACUCUGUUUUCUCAAACGCCUUUCAUCUCUUCUAUUUAUGUUGCAGUUUUAUUUCAGUCUCAUAAUAGCCUUCACUCCACUUUACUUCUAUUCUUAGUAUUCGUGCUUACACUGGUCAUAUUCAUUGAGUUUAUUCAGGUUUGGGAUUGAAUCAUCUCAUCUAACACUAGAUAAGUAGGCUAAACAAAAACCUCCACUUUCUACAAAGCUGAAGUCCUGAAACUUGAAAGUAUGAAAGCAAAGACCCCUCACUUGCUCAUAUCCUCACUAAAUUAUCCAUCCAUCCAUUAUUUUAACUGCUUUGUCAUCCAAAUCCAUUAAUCAUUUCUAUUCAUAGCUGACAGCCCAGGAGGUUAUGGGAGGUGUGUCCCACUGGAGCACACUGAGGUCCCAGUCUCAUCUCCUCUUAUUAAAUUACACUCCUGCAGUUCUCCUACUUAUCAUUCCACCAAAUGUCAUUUUUCUGCUGCUGUUCUCGUCACGCUGGAGAUUUGCAUUGAUAGGAGAUAAGAUACACACAUCCGGUAGCCUAAAAUAGUCUAGUUUAUUGAAUCCAUACACAGUAAUGUCAUUUAUUGAACUUAGAAGCUAAGGCUUGUUUCCAUGUUACACACUUUCAGUUGGGUACCAACCAAACAAUCUGCUGUCAAACUCAGGUCCUUCACUAUGACCAUCGCAGCCAGUUCAGAAACACCCUACUCCCAGUUAACUACAGUAUAAGUCACAUAUGUCACCACAGCUGAUGUUGGUUGAGGAUGAUACAAAUCUGUUGCAGACACAGAAACAUCCAGAGGUCAGACAGGAGGGUUUUGGCUUGAAACAGCAUGUUGGGCCCCUGAGGCGUACUGAGUGCUGGGCUGAGCGGUCCAGUCCGCGCUCAUCACAGCGGCCUCACUUGAAUGACGUUGACCUCCGGGGAGUCUCCGGCCUUGGCGGCCACGCCCAGCUGGCGGAAGUCGUCGCUGGUGAUGAUGAAGACGAUGGAGGAGGAGCUGAAGGUCACCCUCUUCUUGGGCCGCUCCUUGCUGCCGCACGUGCUGGACACAAUGGGCCGGAUGGGCCGCUCGACCCGGGGCAGGGGCCGCUCUUUGAGGUUGCGCUGCAGCCAGGAGAGCCGGGAGCAGAGCAGCUGCAACAAGCAGCGCCGGAACUGGGAGAUGAGGAAGAGGAGUCAUCAAGCUGUGACAGUCUCCCUCCCACACACACAGCCCACCUGCUCAGGCCUUAGUAGUGGUACCUUUUGUCUGAAAUUCCUUGUCAAAUCACACAGUUUGAGCAAAGCUCAUACAAAUAUGACUAUAAGAAAUAUGAAUGAACAUCUGUUUCAUUUACUUAAACCACAGUUAUUAUUCCAUUAAUUUCCUCUAUUUGCCCAUUUUAAAUUCUCCGUUCACAGAGGAUUAAAACUUAGUCGCAGCUCUCGUUACAAGCAGGAACCAACCUUUCUGCUCAUGAAGGCAUAGAUGAGAGGGUUGUAGGCCGUGCUGGACUUGGCGAAGAACGAGGGGAUGACGGCCACCGUGGGGGAAACCAGACUGGUCCUGCCGAAGGCCUCCAUCAUGGACACGACGGCGUAGGGCGUCCAGCAAAGCAGGAAGCAGGAGAUCAUCAGCAGGAACAUGACGGACACCUUCUUCUCAUAGCGCAGGAUCUUGAUGAUCUGGACCGUCUGGAGGUCCUGGAUGGAGCGCAGCUACAAAGGCAGCACACGAGUAAGAUGCCAUUAAUUAAACAGUCUACAAUUGUAGAGUAUAUAGCAACACAAUGACAGAGUAGCCGAUUUUUAUGCUCAUCUGAACCACUGCUGCCUCUAUUGCUAUUCAUUUAUUCACGGGGUGGGUUUUUUGUUUAUGUUUAGCAUGUGUACAUUUUCCUCUUCAGGAUUUUCAGAUGUUUUGGCAGGCUAACCACUUCUCUCUCCACCGUCGAGCCAAAAAUACUCGGCAGAGUUCAGACUGCUUCUCUUUGAAGGCUCCGGCAUCUCUCCAUGGCCGUGACGUGUGGGGAGAUCUCCCGGGCCCACGAGGGGCUCAGGGAGUUGGGUUCUGGGUUGUGAGGACGUGGCAGCUCGUGCUUCCUACGAGGCUGUGAACGCUUUAAAGGGAUAGAAGACGGCAGCCGCACCAACCUGUGACGCAGACAGACAUCUGGGUCAUUUGAUUAGAAUUGCAGAGUGUUCUGCUCACGUACUCUCCUGUUCCAAAUUCUUCAUUGACCAUCUGUUUUCAGCACGGAGCAGAUGAUACAAUGAGGUGAAUACAGAUUCCCUCAUUUCUAACACGAACGUCAAAAAGGAAAAACAUCCCCGCGUUUUGGCCGAAACGUGAACACAAAUGUUUGAUCCUCAUCUGCUCAACCUGAACAGGACUUAUCCUCCACCUGAUGAUGUCAUAGAUGCUGAGUGAGGGCACAAGACACAGACCAAUGCUAUAACAGAACCUAUGAUGGAAGACCAAUUAAAGUGAAGGUCAAGAAGUUUCUUUUCAGUGAAAUAAAGAAUGUAUGAAUUUAUUUUGUUUAUCACAUCACAUUUGGAACGCAGAUUUUGCCUAAUAAAGUGUGUGUGUUGUGAGUCAGCUUCCAGACAGCCAGAGGGCACUCUGGCUCACGUGGCAUUAAGGCCCUCUUGGUUGGUUCUUUGUUUUCUCAUUUCCUGUCAUGUCAUGUCCUGUUAUUAGGUUAAUUAGAGUCACCUGUUUUAGUAAGUAUUUAAGUUUCUGGUUUGGGUACAGUCUUUGUUGGUGCAUUACUCGUUACGUGUUACUUGUUACUGGUUAUGGGUUACUUGUUACGUGUUGCAGUGUCGUCGUGCUCUUGUGCUCUGUCCAGGUUUGUGUGUUUGUUCACUGUUUGUGUUGGAUACUGUUGUUUGCAUGUUUUGUGUUUUAGUAUGGCUACUUAGUUUCCUGCUCUGCAGUGAUCUUUUGUUUUACCUGUGAGUUAUAUGUGUUAGUUUGCAUUUUUUGUUUCUGGCUUAUCCUGCAGUCGCAGCGUCCUUAGUUUGUAUUGUUCUCAGUCUGUAUGUUCUAUUUAUUUAUUAAAUCACUUAUUGUCA